AUGAAAUUAUCUUCUAUAAUUUUUUUUCUAGUAAUAUUUUUUUUGAAGGAAAACGUCUGUGUUAAAAUUCAUACUAACGAUUCAGCAAUAUUUGAUAUUAACAAGGUAUUAAAAAAAAAACUUUCAAUAUUAUACAGAAAAGGAAACAACUUAAACAACUAUUUUUUUUCGUAUAUUGAGAAAAAUGGGAAAAAGAACAAGUGUUACAAAUACAUACAAGAUGCCCUGUAUGACUCCAAUACACAGAUAAUGAAAAAUGAAAUAUUUAAAUGUUUAAACACAAGUAAAGACAUAUUACACAAAACAUUCCAUGAUGUUAUUAACAAGCUUUUUUUAUAUAUAAAAAAUGUCUUUUUAAAAAAAUAUUUUAUUUUUUUUCUCUUAUAUUUAAUAAAUAUUAAUUGCGAUAGCUUGGUUUCUCAAAUGAAUGACCCUUAUAUAUUAAAUAAUUACAACUUGUGUGAAAAUGCCUCACCUGCUAUGUACAAUUUGAAAUAUGAAGAAAUAGAAAUUCCUAAUAAUAACAACAUCAGAGGUUGGUUAAUUAAAUCAAACAAAAAAAGUAACAAAUUAUUUUUAUUAUUACAUGGAUAUAAUAGCAAUAGACAAGCCUGUUUAUUCUUUUUAAAUAUUUUAAAACAAUUAAAUGUUCAUCAUGAUACUAAUAUAUUUAUACCCGAUAUGAAGAAUUUCAAUGAAAGAGGUGUAGAUGACAUAUAUAAUAUUUUAAGUUAUUUCAAAAAAAACAUGGCAUUAAAUGACGUAAAUGUAUAUACACAAUCAUCUACAAAUCUUCUUGUCCUGUUAUUAUCAAAACAUUAUAAAAAUAAAAUUGUUAGUAAAUCAAAACAGAAAUUUAUAAAAAAUAUUAUACCUUAUAAUAACGAAAAACCAAAAGAUGAAGAUAUAAUUUAUAUUGAUAAAUACAUAUUUGAUUCACCCAUACUAAAUUUACACAGAACAAUCAACAUCCAUUUCAAUUUGAGUGAUAUACAAAAAAAAAUUAGCGAAGAAAAUAUGAAAGCAAAUACUGAUAUAAAUAAUGUAUAUGAUAGAAAGACAAUUUUAAACUAUUUUAUAUCCUUUUUUAUGUGGCUAUUAAAUAACCAAUUAAAAGGACAUUUAUAUGAUUUCAAUUUUAAUAAAUUAAUUAAUGAAAAUAAUAUAAACCCAUCAAAUAUUUAUAUUCUACAUUCCUUUAAUGAUAAUAUUUCCAUGUUGAAUAUACUAUCCCAAGAGGUAAAGGAAAAUCGAUUACUGCCAUUAAAAAAUAUUUAUAUAUUUAAAAAUGGUAGGCAUGCAAAUAUAUAUGAAUCGUCCAAAAGAGAGUAUAAUUUAAUAGUUAAAAGAAUUAUAAAGGGAUUUAAUAUAUUGGAUUUUCUUUAUUAUAUACCUAUGAGGUCUAAAAUGAGUUCCCUAAAUUCUUAA